AAACGAGUUUCACGGGUCCACCUGUUUUAUAAUGAAUAACCACUUGAUAGAUGGAACAAUUGAGAGGAACGUUGGAAGGUAGGAGCCAUGGAAACCAACAAGAAAAGGCAAAUCUUCAUACUCUCAGGUCAAAGCAACAUGGCUGGUCGGGGUGGCGUCGUCAGGGACAAUAACACCGCUAAAAAGUAUUGGGACGGCGUCGUUCCGCCGGAGUGCCGCCCCGACCCUUCCAUCCUCCGCCUCGCCACCACCCUCCAAUGGGAGCCGGCGCGCGAUCCCCUCCACGCCGACAUCGACACCACCAAAGUCUGCGGCGUGGGCCCCGCCAUGCCCUUCGCGAACGCGCUAGUGCGGCGGGGCGUGGCGGGCGAGUUAGGUCUGGUCCCCUGCGCCGUGGGCGGCCCCGCCAUAAGGGAGUGGGCGCGUGGGGAGAAGCUGUACGAGAACAUGGUGAAGAGGGCGAAGGAAAGCUUGAAGCUUGACAACAAUUGUGAAAUCAAAGCGCUUCUGUGGUUCCAAGGAGAAAGCGACACUGACACCGAGGCUAAAGCUGCUGCUUACAAACUCAACAUGGAAACCCUCAUCCAUAAUGUUCGUCAAGACCUCCAUUUUCCUUCUCUUCCCAUUAUUCAGGUGGCAUUAGCCUCUGGGUCUGAGUACAUGGAGAAAGUGAGAGAGGCACAAAAAGCGAUUGAUCUUCCGAAUGUGAUUUGCGUGGACGCUAAGGGAUUGCAACUGCAGAAAGAUAAUCUUCACCUUACAACCGAGGCUCAAGUUCAGUUGGGUCAUAUCAUGGCUGAGGCCUAUCUUACCCAUUUUCAUGCCUGAUCUCAUCAUCACUUGUUUGUUUGGCUUAAUGUGAAACUUUAUCUUCCACUUUUAUAUAUUAUUUUACUCAUAAUACAAAUGAUGAGAAUUAAUUUCC